AUGGCGGCCCACCUGGCCCUCUGCCUGCUCUCAGCGCUGCUAGCCAUAGGUGGCUCCCUGAAGUGUGAACGCUGCAGCAGCUCCGACAAGGCGUGCACUGGAGAGCCGCAGGACUGCGCGCCCUCCCAGACCUCCUGCCUCAUCCUCACCUCGGAGACCAGAGUCGGGAAGGAGCACAAGCUGGGCACCUACAAGGGCUGCACCGAGAACAAGUUCUGCCCCCCGCGAUCUUCCAGCCUCAGCUCCGCCUUCGGCCUGCGUGUGCGGAGCGCCGCCAAGUGCUGCCAGCGGGACCUGUGCAACACGGGGGCCGUGAGGUUGCCACGGGCCCAGCCCAAACCCAGUGGGCUGAAGUGCCCGGGCUGCCUGUCCGACAGCACCGAAUGCCAGGCCAAUGAGACCGUCAGCUGCCUGGGCGCCGAGAACCACUGUGUCUACUUUGCUGGAUCCAUCAUAGCCGGCACCCGGAAUUACACCUACGCCGUGCGCGGCUGUGCCACCAAAAGCACCUGUGUCAGCAAGGUGGGGGUGUAUAAGCUGCCCGGGGUCUUCACCGACAUCGUGAUCACGUCCGAAUGCAGCCCGGCCCCCACACCCGGCCCCAAGCAGAGCACUUAG